CCAGGAGGCCAGGAUCUGGUAGCAUGGAGACUCCGUUACAUCCAACGCCCAUGCAGAGGCCCAUGAUGAAGGGGAGAAUCUACGUGGACGCGUCAAACAAGCCGACGUUCCAGGGCAUCUGGGGCAUGACGCACGCCGACGUGAACAAGAGCGGUCAUACAAACGACUUCAAGGUCGUGAGGAUGGAGUCUGUCAAGGAGCAGGAGCGGGGACUGCCUGUCUACCCCGGAAACUACCUGGGCUAUUUCAAGCUCACCACCGGCUUUCAGACCGAGACCGUGAACGAGAGCUUCACGCUGACUUUCCGCGGGCACAGCAACCACGGCUACAACGUCUACGGCUACGGAGAGAACCGGUUCGGUAAGACCGAGAUCGUCGGAACCGUCACGCAGACCGGCAAGAUGGAGAUCUUCAAGGCAAGCUUCGCGUCCCAACAGAUUACCUCUCACAAUGCCCCGUUACAACCCCCCGUGGUACACAGCAGAAUCAACGCUCUGCAAGCCGAAAGAGUUGUACUGCUGCACGCAUGA